CAACAGCACACAGCCAUGCACAACUGUGCGUAGCUAUGCACAACCACAUGCAACUGUGUACAACUGCACACAAGCGUGCACGACCAUGCACAGCCCCAUGGUCAUGCACAACUACACACACAACCUUGCAUAACAGCACACAGCCCUGCAAUCGUGCACAACUGCAUGCAGCCAUUCACAGCUUCACACAGCCAUGCUCCUCCACACACAACCGUACAGGCGUGCACAACCGUGCACAGGCAGAUACAGCCAUGCACAGCCACACACAACCAUGCAUAACUGCACACGACCAUACACAACCAUGCACGACCAUACACAACCACACACAGCCCUGCACAGCUGCACACAACCAUUCACAACUUCACAGGACCGUGCUGAUCCGCGCACAGCUGCACAAAGCCGUGCACACCCCCCGCAGCCGCGCACAACCGCGCAGCACCGCGCACGGCCGUUCCCCGCCGCAGCAGCCGCCGCCGCUCCCUCCAGCCCCGCAAAGACCCGCCGGGCAUGGCGGGAAGCAGCGCCCCCGGUGCCAGCAGCCCCGAGGCCGGCCCGCGGCGGGGCGGGGAGCGGCGGCGGAAGGCGGGGCCACCCCUUCCGGCAGACAUGGAGCCGGGGGAGCCGGAGGAGCUGGUGUGGGGGCUGCCGGAGCGGGGGGCACUAGGCGGGUGGGGACUACUGGAGCUGGCAGUGGCCAGCGGGGUGGCGGCCUGGGCCACCUGGGCCACCCUGCUGAUGCCCGGCUUCCGACGGGUCCCUCUGCGGCUCCAGGUGCCCUACGUGCCCUCCAGCCCCCAGCAAGUGGCGAACACGCUGGCUCUGCUGCGAGGACGCUCGGGGAAGACGGUGGAUCUGGGAUCAGGAGAUGGACGAAUUGUGGUAGAGGCUUAUAAGCAAGGGCUUAGACCAGCUGUUGGCUUUGAGCUCAACCCCUGGCUGUGGCAUCUCUCCAACUACCGGGCCUGGAAGGCUGGGUACCAUGGGAAGGUUUCCUUCCUGAAGAAAGAUCUGUGGAAGGUGAAUCUUUCUGAUUGCUACAACGUGAUUGUGUUCCUGGCCCCCAGCGUGGCCACCUGGCUGUGGCUCUCUCUCUCUCUCCCCAGAAACCUCCCUUAGCUGCCAAGCUCCUUGCAGAACUCCCUGAUGAAGCCCGGGUGGUAGCUGGACGCUUCCCUUUCCCCUCCUGGACCCCUACCACCACCCAUGGGCAGGGGCUGGACCAAGUCUGGGCUUAUGACAUGAAGGAGGUACGGCGAGCAGCACAGAGCCACGCAGAGGGAAGCCCAGUGUAACGGCAGCUGGUUAAGCCUGGUGUUAAAGAGUCAGCAGUGGUAAGGGUCAGAGCCUCCCCAGCCCUUGGGCUCAGCUCAGGACAGCCGCAAGAAGGAUGCUUGGCCAGGCUUUUUCCUGGGGACACGCAGCGUGGUGGUCCAUCCAAAGAGUGGGCAGUUUGGGGAAGGCAAAAAAAAUCAAACUGAGAAAUCUUGGAAUUAUCACACGAUUUAAGGGCUAAAUUUCCAGUGCCUCUUUCUGCACAUUUGCUACUUUAGUUAAUUUUUCAAAAUAAACAUUCAGAUGGCUCUUC